AAUAGAUACUUUAGAAGACUCCCUGAUUAGACUUUAAGGUGAAAUCUGUAAAGAAACUGUGAAAACGACCAAUGCAAUAGAAUAUCUUUUCUUUAAGCAAGUUAAUGGCGUGGAGAUUUCCCAUCAGAAAAUAACAAUUCAGAUAAGAGAGAAUUAUAUUUUGGAUCUGGAAAAAAGCGCAUUCCAGAGUAAGAUUAAUGAUGGCUGCAGUUUCUUCAAAUUCUUCAUCCUAGACUGCAGCAGGAUCAGCUAUCAUCACAUAAUAAGAUUCACUAAGGACACAAUGACUAUGUGGCAGACGAUAAGAGACUCUGGCUUUCCUUAGACCAUGGAGCCAUUCCUACCAUCUGAGUAAUAGAGUUCACGUGAUGGAUUGAAGAAAGAAUGGGAUUUUGCUGACAUUUAAUCUUAAUUUGGGCCUAAAGCUAUACGUACCCUUUGCCUUUGAACCCCAUUGAAGGACAUAAUUGGAAAGCAGAAAAAAAGGCCACCUGAAACUAAUGUUGAGUGAAAUGAAAAUGAAAGCGCAAAUGUGUGCGAUUAGCUUUUUGUGCAGCGGUUCCCCAGAAAGGAAAUUACGUAAAAGUCGGAGGCAACAGAAAAGAAAUAAAAUGUGUUGUUAAAGGCGUCGAAAGGGAUGGGGAAGGGGAAGGGGCAGGGAGCGCGAGGCGUGUGUGAGGCAGGAAAAUAAAAGCAAAGUUUGUCACACAAUUAGCUGAGGUCAUUACCAGCAUUUUGUUAUUUUUUUCGACUUUCGGCAAUUAACUGCAAAGAGAGCGAAUGCACGAAAAUGGUGCAGAGACCGAGAAGACCGAGAAGGCCAAGAAGCUGUAGCCACGCCGCGGGGCAUUUCGCUUCCACAAUGGCUAAGUGCUAAAGGUUCGUGCCCAUAAUGUGCCUUCGCUUGCUCGCCCCGCAUCAAGUGCUAAAUUGGAUCAGGCUAAUGCGCACCAACUGUCAAGUGCAGUUAGACAAACACGGCGAAAAAUAAAUAAAUAUAUAUACCUACAUAUACUCGUAUAGUAAAUGUAUAUAUAUACAUAUGUGUGUGUGUGUGUGUGUCGAGGCAUGACAAACAUCAGCACGACACUUGACGCUAAAAGUAAAUGCACGCCAUGCCAUUAAGCGCAACUUAGCCUGCAGCAAACACCUAACCUCCAACAGCCGAAAGCAAUACUAUACUCUAUACUCGUACGACGAACACAGCAACCAAACAAAUUUCAAAAAAUUUCGACAAACAUGUCACACAGUAAUACCUACUCGUGUAUGGGCCUAGUGUGCCCCACACACACGCGCACACAUUACCACAUUCUGCCCAAAGUUACGCACAGUGGGACAACUAUCGCUUGAGGACAUAAAAAAAGCAGAAACAACGUCUGCAGCGUAACUCGCACCAACAGCAAAACGUUUUUUUUGGGCGAACAAAAUCUGAACUGGACCAAUGAACCGCUACCACAUACCCCAAAUCCGGUCACAGAGGGUACAAUCCUGCAGGCGCCUGUAGUUGUAAAUACGAUUAAUACAAACGAUCGCCUUCUGAUUAUGAAUGAAAAUAAUGAAGCAUGUGUGCUUACGCCGACGUGCAACACCACCUUCAAUGCUUUGGACACUGCCGCCGGCAUCCACACUCUUCACGGCAACAACUUGCCUAGUUUCUUGAUCGCCGGGGGAGGCAGCAGGAACGAUUAUACAAGCGAUUAUAUGCAAGAUAUUAAGAGCAAAACCACGCUAAUUGGACCCAACAUGGGGGCUGCGAUUGGCAACGAUAUGGGCGCUUAUAACAACGAGUUUUUCAUGUCUUCUAACAACAACAAUACGAACUGUCAACGUCAAUAUAUUGGUAAUACCGCCAACAAUAGUGUCUGUGGACAACCUUUCACUCUUCAACGUUCCGUUGCUGGCCAAGCUACAGCCGAAGAAAAUCCACACCAGACAGUCAUAAACGAUGUUUCCAAUGGUUCGACAGUUGUUGGCGAUGAUUUUGCCAUGGAAGCAAUGGAAUUAUUGCAAGGCUUUAAUAAGUCCGGCAACUUUUUGCAUUUCAACGAGCAAUCUGUACUGAGACAUGACAUAAAAGGCCAGAAAAUGCUAUUGCCCACUCUUGAGAAUCACAACAAUGGCGGCUACGAUUUUAAGUACGUGUUAGAGGAGCCGAAAAAGUCUCAGUGGACAUAUUCAAUGCUCUUAAACAAACUCUACAUUUCCAUGAACAAGACUUUCAACAUCGAUAUGGAAUUUAAGCUGCAGCUGCCGCUAGAGCAACUAAAUCUACGAGCAUUCCUGUGCUUUAAGACAGAAGUUAGCAGCGUGGUGCUUCGUUGUGCCAACCAUCUAAGCGCUGAUACUGCACAUCCGAAGCUGAGGGAGAGCUUGCUGCGUUGCAACAAUCCAGCCACUCAAUACUGCGGCACAAGUCAGGGUAGGGGUAUCGGAGACCGCUAUUCUGUGCUAGUGCCCCUCUCCCUGGAUAUGUACGCUAUGAACCAAUCAGAUGGUGUGCGACAGACUCUCGCAUUUGAGUUCACUUGUCAGAAUUCGUGCUUGGGUCGAAAGGAGACCUCUUUGGUCUUCUGUCUAGAGAACAUUAGUGGCAAAAUUCUUGGUCAGCAAGUUCUAGACGUUAAGAUCUGCGCUUGCCCUCGACGCGAUCGCAACCAGGAUGAACGAAACCUCACAGGUUUUACGCAGAGGAUAUUGUCAUUGGGAAAAAGAGUAGAAGCACCUUCGCAAAACGAUAAAACAGCAGUUGACUGCAGCACCCCAAAAAGGCACUGUCUAUCUGUAAAUAACAAGCAGGAAAAACGGAAGCCGCUAAACAAAAAUCAUAUGCCAGCUAAAUGGCAGGUAUCAUGCUCACCGACUGGCACUUACCGCCUGACCUUCGAAUGUCCCAACAAAACAGUGGCUCUGCAACAAAUCAACAGUCUGAUUGAUCAGGCAGCAGGUUCCAUAGUACGCAGCGGAGACAAUGUGCACCAUCACAAGCAUUUGAAUAAUUUACUGGUCAUGAAAGCGUUUACCGAAAGACUAAACACCUGCUAAUCAAUAUUUGAUAAAUCACUUCUAAACUUCUGCAAAUAUGUUUUUUUUAUUUUUUCUUCAGUUUAGUUUAGUUUUUAAUUAUCAAAGUUCAAUUGCUUGAACUUUAAC